UCCCCAGCGCGCCAUUUCCUUAAACUCGCACGCUAGCUAGCUCACCGGAUCAAUCCAUGUACCCAUAAGCGAUCUCUUAUCUGUCUCCAUCGACGACUUGGUUUGACGCCAUGGCCGCCGCCGUCGCGCAGCAGCUGCUUCUAGUUCUAACCCUCCUCUGCCUCACGGUGGCCACCGCGAGCGCUUCUUCAUCCGCUCCGUCCUCGUCGUACCGCUGCGGCUGGUGCCGCCGCCGCCGCUCCGGUACUAGUGCUACCGCCUCCAUCCUCCCUCCUGACGCGGCCACCGGCGCCGCCUGCGGUUACGGGACUGCGAUCUCAUCAGCUGCUGCCAGCGGCGGCUUCUUCUUCGCCGCCGCCAGCGCCGAGUUCUUCCGGCGCGGCCAAGCUGCCUGCGGCGUCUGCUACCAGUUGAGGUGCAGGGACCGGGCCUCGUGCGGACAACAGGGCGUUAAGGUCGUCAUCACCGACGAGAUCAAGACGAACAGAACAGCCACCGCCAGCGGCGGGUGGUUCAUGCUUCCCAGGGAGGCCUUGGCCGCCAUGGCUGCCCCUGCCGUUCAUGGCGAUCUGCUGCAGCAGCAGGCAGUGGAGGUGGAUUUCAGGAGGAUCCCCUGCGACCUGCACAAGGACAGGACCCUCGCGGUUCGUGUGGAGGAGACGAGCAGAAAAGACAGUGGCCGCCUCGCGCUCCGGUUCCUGUACCUGGGCGGCCAGACCGACAUCGCCGCCGUCGAGGUCGCGCCUGCAGCCUCCGCCACGCUGUCCUCUUCUUCAUUUUCAUGGCGUUACUUGACGCGGCGGGAUGGGGUGUGGAGCACGACACGGGCGCCGGCGGGCCCGCUGCGGCUGCGGGUGGUGGUGACGGCGGGGUCCGGCGGCAAGUGGCUGCGGGCCGACCGGGAGGUGCUCCCCGCCGAGCGGAUGCCCGGCAGGGUGUACGAUACCGGGCUCAGGGUGGACGAAUUCGCCGUGAGCACUUGCUCUUGCUCCGCCGGAGACGAAGACGACGACAAAGAAGUCCACAAGGAAGAGGAGUUCAGAUGACUUGACGUGCUUCCAGUUCCAUCCACCACGGAGCUGCGUACACAGAUUUAUACGAUCGACGGCUCGGAUCGGACCUAACGACGACGAUCGGAGGCGGAGCAAUGGCGACGCGACUGCAUGCACCGGCCGGCGACCGACCGGGAAGACAAGCUAGCUAGCUCUGCAUGUACUGUACAGUGCGGCUGUACAUUACGUGUCUGAAUGAUGACGCGAGAUUGGGGUUAGGACAAGAAGAGCAAAGCCUGUCUGACUGCUCUGUGGAUCGAUCGGUACAUGUCUGGCCGUAAACCGGGGAGGUUGGCUUGUAGCGUCACGUGAGGCUCAAUGAUCAAUCGAUAUUACUAGCACGUACGUACA